AUGUCGAACUCGUCUCGUACAAGCCAAAAUUCGCAACAUAGCGCUUCAUCCAAUAUCCCAGUGCAGAAGCAGUGCCGCCAUUUGGAAGAGGCCAUUGUUUUGACCUCAAUGACUAACGACAAUCCAUGUCGGAGGUUCUACAAGUGUCCUUACUCAAAAGAGUUAGAUUGUCGUUUCUUUGAAUGGAUCGAUCCCUCAAUGCCUGAUUUCCAAAAGAAAUGUUUCAUCAAAUUGAAGUCUCAAAAAGAGGCUUUAGAAGAAAAGUUACGGGACAAGGUGGCCAUGGAAAAACAACACAAUGGCAGGUCGGGUGUGAAAGAAGUAAGCUCGACUUGGCUUGAGGAGCUUGAAAAUAAAGUGACAGUGCUUGAGGUAGAAGGUCACAAGAAUGCUGAAGUCAUUUUGGUUCUUGAGAAGAACUUAUCUCAAGUAAAAAACCUUGAAAGGAAAAUGAUUUGUUUGAUUGUUGUUUUGGUUCUUAUUGUGAUUGUGUUUGGUAGAAAUGGUCAUGUCAUGUCCAUUAGCUGA